UAGAUUAGAUGUAAAGAGCACAGAUAAAAAUUUGGGGCCUGGCACGAGUGGUUCGUAAGGCUUCUGCCCCAAAACAAAAGGUUACGUCCCGAAACUUAAUGGAGCUGAAGCCUGAAUUUUAGGAUGGAGCUGGAAUACAGAGACAGGCACAUUCUUGCCCCCAUGGUUCGAGUUGGCACCCUUCCAUUUAGGAUGUUAGCUUCUGAAUAUGGUGCAGAUAUAACUUAUGGCGAGGAGAUUGUUGAUCACAAAAUAAUAAAAUGCCAACGACAAAUAAAUGAAUCUCUUGGGACCAUUGAUUUUGUGGAGAAAGGAACAGGCAGUGUGGUUUUCCGAACUUGUGACGCAGAAAGAUGUCGUGUAGUAUUCCAAAUUGGCACAUCAGAUGCUGUGCGGGCAUUAACUGCUGCUCAACUUUUGUGCAAAGAUGUAGCCGCAAUAGAUAUUAACAUGGGUUGCCCCAAGUCAUUCUCUGUUUCUGGAGGAAUGGGUGCUGCGCUACUGACUAAACCAGAUCUAAUUAAUGAUAUUCUUACGACUCUAAAGAGGAACUUGGACAUUCCGGUGACCUGUAAGAUCCGACUUUUGCCAUCAUCUCACAAUACUGUUGAGCUAGCCAAGAGAAUUGAGAAAACAGGUGUUUCUGCCCUUGCUGUUCAUGGAAGAAAAGUUGCAGAUAGGCCAAGGGAUCCUGCGCAGUGGGAUAAAAUUGCUGAUGUUGUAGCUGCAUUAUCGAUCCCCGUCAUAGCAAAUGGUGAUGUCUUUGAUUAUGAGGACUUUCAACGCAUAAAAAGUGUGACAGGUGCAUCUUCUGUCAUGGUAGCGAGAGGAGCGGUAUGGAAUGCUUCAAUAUUUAAACCUGAAGGAAAGUUGCCGUGGGAGAGUGUUAAAAGGGAAUACAUUAGAAAGAGCAUCUUAUGGGAUAAUGAUGUCAAAAGCACAAAGCACACUUUGAAGGAGAUGAUAAUGCAUCAUUCCUCUCUAGAGCUUGCAGAGGGAAAGGCAAUGAUUAGAUCUGCCACGUUAGCGAAUCUGGCAGAGCUUUAUGGUGAAGAGAGCUACUAUUGGUUUGUUAAUGGAAUCAAUGGUUGCUGAAUUUAACAUUCUGGAAUGAACAUCACAAACCUUCUCAGUAUCGAGAGUCCGCAACCAGAAUCCAGAAACAAGUGGGUUCAGCUGCCAAAAGAUGGUGGGUUCCAGUGUGUGUUUACUUGAUGGAAAGUAAAAGGAUGCAAACUUCUGCAAAAUCCUUUGAAGCAAAGUCCUUUGUUUUUCUUUCGAGAUUUUUAUAGCAUACCUGCUACUAAUUCUUGAUUCUUGUCAUGGAUUUCUAACUUUUAAGCUCCUUUCAGGAUCUACUAAAAAAUUACUAGAGAAUCGGCCCUCCCCAUGAAUUGCUGUAUCAUAACUCAAUAGCAGCAGAUGAUGAACCCAAGUGUUUCUACAAAUUAUUUGUUGGGGUUGCCUGCUUACUAAUGUAAAACUUAAAUUAUUUGCCAUGCAAUUCCUAUUCAAGGAUAUUAUUUAUUGAUUUUGUAAUACAAAUUAUUUGUUGGGGUUGCCUGUUUGCUAAUGUAAACUUUAAAUUAUUUGCCAUACAAUUCCAAUUCAAGGAUAUUAUUUAUUGAUUUUGUAAUGCAAA